UUAGUUCAGCUUCCAGCUUAGCAGGGUCAACACAGCUUACCUCACAUAGAGAACAGUUCUAAUGUACAGCUCGCGUACUGGAAAAAGUACACUUCUAAGUUGUUGAUUUUAGAGUGUGCUAAGUUAGUAGAGAAGUUUAUUAACAACGUUUAGUUAAUUCAAUUUGACUGUAAAGACAAGUUACAGGGGACGAAUACUUAAAAAUGCAAGUGUCGAAUUUGUAGCAAGAAAUUACAUGUGGUAUGAUAUGGUAUUAGAUAUUCAACGAUUUCAGGGCAUAUCUUUCACCUGUUAUUCUUGGAACAGAUAAACUUGUAAACUCCAGGAUUUGACUAAGCUAAAAUAAAAAAGAAUGUGCCCGUGUGACUGUUGUAUUUCUGAAACUGAACCUGACACCGAUAAACAUUUCCAGUAGAACACUUUCAGAACCUACUGUUCCUACCCCGCUUACACCUCUGACGUCAUUAACAAUUGCCGAAUACACAAUUUGCUGCUGACGUCAACAGCUGACAUCAUAAUCAACAGCUGACAUCAUAAUCAACAGCCGACGUCAUAAUCAACAGCUGACAGUACAAGCUGUUAUUGAUGGAUUCUUAUCAAAUCAAUGGUGAUGUAACAUCACCUUUACUUCAGGUUAGAAUGUUUGAUGCUGUAGUCUGGUUGUUUAUCUUCACCCUCCUCCUCCUUCUCCUCCUUGCCUUCUUUAAACUCCUCAUAGAGUUCCCAGGGUUCAUGAACUGGAAAUGUAUUUAUAUUGAACCUCAUCCAGAUAAAAUUGAGAUUGACCUCUCCGAGUACGAGCUAGCCGCCAUUGAAAUCCCCGACAAGAAGGUCACAGAGGUCAAGGAGGUCAAAGCGGUGAUGCUAGACGUCGAAAAGCAAAAGUGUGAGGUUCCCAGCCACAUGGAAGAGGUUAGCUCUGGGACCUCCGACUACGUAUCGGAGGUCAUGUCCUCCACGGAGGACCCUGAUAAAGUCCUGAAGGCGAAGUUACAGUUCCAGGACAAGAUUAUAGUGAUUAAUGAGCACGUUGGAAGGCAAUGCUAGUGUUUUGUUCAACAUGCGGAUUUAGUAUACCAUCAUUCUCCACUAAACGCUACAAUAUCUUCACCGAAAGCUUAGUUUCGGGUGUAAUGUCUAGAAUAUAUCAAACCAAAGACUUUUCCUAAGCAAAAACUUGUUUCAGUUAAUCUGAAGAUCUCCAGGAUCUCUGUAGUCUGUGCAAGCAAGAACAUAUCAUCAAGUAUAAAUAAUAUUCUGUAUUUUCUGUUAAAAGACAUAUUUACGUUUUACAAGUUUCUUUAUUCGUCUAAAAGGCACAUUUAAUCUGAAAAUGUUAUACUAAUUCAUAAAUCACAGAACCAUUCUUACAUUUCUCAACAUUCCUAUAGAAUUUUAAAUUUUCUUAUUUAAUUUGACCCCCCUCCCCCCAACCCCUCUUCAAGUAUAGACGCACUUCGGUGACAAAUACUUUUCCACUAUGCACAUUCUAAAAACACUGUAACCUUGGAAUCGUGGAUUUCAAUAAAUUUUUUAAAUUGCU